UUUAACUAUAAAAAAAAAAGAAAAGAAAAGACAAAAAUACAAUUCUAAACGUGACGGAUACUUACAUACAUUGGAUUUAUGUAACGGGAACAUCAAACAUAAAUAAGAAGAAUAAAUAAUAUUAUAUUUUAUUAUACAAUGCUAUAAACACUGUAGAAAUUUGAAUAUAUUAUUAAAAGUCGUAACACGUCAAAAUUUAAAUAUCUGUAUUUUGUCCAUGUUAUUUUCCAUCAAAGUACUAUAUAUUGUAUAAAAAAAUAUUCAAAGUGAAUUAAAAAAAAACGCUCGUAGAAAUUGAUACAAAAUCUAUGCAACAAUAAAAUAUUUGACUAUGACAGAAAACGUAAAUAAAUUGGGUGAUUAUUUUGAACGUUCACUUAAAAACACUACAAAAUCCAAUGUUUUAGAAUGUCGUGUUUGCGAAGAGGUUUUUACUGUCGAUGGUAUAAAGGUGCCACGAUUGUUGCAUUGCGGUCAUACAGUAUGUCAUUCGUGUUUAUUACGAUUAAGACCAUGCAUGUUAAAUCAACAAUUCCUUCUCUGCCCAUUCGACAGACAACCAACUGAAAUAGAUAAAACUGGUAUUCUUAGUCUAAAGAAAAAUUUUGCGUUGAUUGAACUGUUAGAAAAGUUGGAACAGUCUAACAAUGAUAAAGCUUUUAUGUUGGAAAGAGAAAGACUUCAAUCGAAUCAACCUUGCGACGAAGAUGAAAGUCAUAUGGCUGUACUGUAUUGUACAGUAUGUACUACUCAUUUAUGUGAAACUUGUGAUGCUACUACUCAUUCAUCAAGAACGCUUGGUAAACAUAGGCGUGUACCUUUAUCAGAAAAACCACGUGAAAAACCUAAAUGUCCGAUACACUCAACGCACAUAGCCAAUUUCACUUGUACUCAACAAGGCUGUUACAAUUCCUUGAUGUGUUACUUGUGCAAAGAUUAUGGUCGACACAGUACACAUAAGUCAUCAUUGGUCGAAGUGGAAGCCAAGAAUAUAAGAAAAUCAGUAAUAGCGGCACUACAAAAGAUGACUCAAUUUAUGGAGAGUAUGAGAGAUACAGCACAGAAAAUAGAAACUGUCAUACAAGAAUUAGAAGGCUGGGCAAUUGAAGAUGCAAGACAACGAGUACGUCAACACUUUGAAGAACUAAGAGCAUUAUUAGCAGAACAAGAAAAGACUGCAUUAACGUGUAUAGAUACAGAGACGCGAAGUAGAUUAUGUGCUUUAAGACAACAACAAAAAGAUUUGACAGUAACGAGAUCGCAAGUGGCUGGUGUAUGUAUUCAAUGUGAAAGCAUUUUAGAUUCUGAAGAUUGGAAAUUAUUGAGCAGUGCGGAAAAAGUUAAAGAAGUUUUAGCCACGUUAGAAAAGCAACAGCAACAUUAUGCUCAAUUAGGGCCUGAUUUUCUCAAACCUGAAUCAUCUAUACCUAUUAUAUUUAGCAGGGACAAUCGUGUACAUAUAGGUACAAAAAUUGAUAUGAGAGCAGUGAUCUUAGGUUUGGACGGUGCAGGAAAAACUAGUAUACUUUCUGCAAUGAGAGGCAUUACUCUUUCAGCACCUCCUAUUUCAACAAUUGGAUUUAACGUAGAAAGUAUGGAAUACGAAAACCUUGUAUUCACACUUUGGGAUGUUGGCGGUCAAAAUAAAUUCAGACCUUUGUGGAAACAUUAUUAUCAUAAAACGCAAGCUGUUAUUUUUGUGGUUGAUGCUAGCGAUAGAUCUCGCUUUGAAGAAGCUCAAAAUGAAUUGUCUAAAAUAGUCAAUGAAAAAGAACUGAAAGAUGCUUUGUUUUUAAUAUAUGCUAACAAGCAGGAUUUACCAAAUUGUGCAAGUGUAGAAGAAUUGACAGAUAUUCUGUGUUUACAAAAGCUUUGUUGUGGACGAGCUUGGCAUAUUCAAGGAUCAUCUGUAAUUACGAACAUUAGUGGAGCUACGCAAGGUCUUGACUGGUUAACUCAACAACUUGGAGCGCAUGAGACAUUAUAUACCAUACCUAUAACAUCAUGAUUGUUAUUGACUGUAAUUUAAUUCAAUUCUACAAUUUUUAAAAUAAUAAGGUAUUAUUAUUCAUUAGAAACAAAAUUAUAACUCAA